AUGUGGGCAAAGCUUGGACAAUCAAGUGCUGUGUCAAUGUUUUUCAUGUUCAGUGACGCUUUGCUGUCGGAGUUUGAUUCCCUCAUACAAUUUGUGGACUCUUCGUUCGACUUCUUCCAAGCGGAAUUCAGUCUCAUGUUGUAUCCAGUUUUUGCACAUUCCUACAUCAAGCUACUUAUGGAAAAUUCUGUGAAUAAUGAGCUUGUCUACAACCUGGAGCGAAUUCAAUCUGCGCAUCAGGCCCAAGCUGACACUUAUAUACAGCUUUUGAUGAAAAAUCCUUUUCUGGUCAAAAUGUCCAAAUCAUCAAUAAAGCAACUGGAAAUUCCUUUGGCACGUACACCUACGAUCAAAAAUAUUGUUAAGGAGCAUAUUACCAUAGAAGCCUCUGAUGUCAUUUCUAAGCUGAGAUCAAGCGUUGAAUCACAAAUGGGUGGAAUUCUCGGUCAGGUCUCCAAAAACGAGAAACGGCAUAAAAUGUACUACGGUGUUCUUAAAGACGACGUUUCUCAAACAAUCGAAAAGAAGAAAACGCGAGGUAAGGACCUGAAAGACAACAAGAAAAGUCAGGCACUCGCCCCGGUUCCUGAUCGAAUUCCCCUACCGCCCCUUAGCGAAGCUCUACGGGAAGAGCGACGAAAAGCAAUGCGGGACGCCCCCAAGCUCCCCCUGGUAUCGCAGGAAUCGCCUCCUUCCGUAUGUAUGCUGACUGCUCUCAACGCAUACGGCCUUGUUUCUUCGUGUGAUAUUUCAGAUGACUCCUCAAUUCUAUGCAUGGGGCAGAUACUCAUCCCUUUAUUUAGAUCCUCGGAUGGUUCUAUAGAGCUUACUGCUUUUGACGAGGAGCAGAAGUUGAAGAAGUUGCGGGAUAUGGAUGCGCUGGAACGAGGCUCCAUUUGCUUCUCUCGCGAUGGCGGUUCUUUUGCUGUCUCGCAAGGUGGAGAAUCAUUAUCCGUGUAUUCUUUGGACAACUUGAUCGCCGCAACCAGCAGCGUUUCAAGUAACAACGAGCUUUGUUUCGAUCCGAAGAUCAACAUGCCAAAUUUUAAUAUUUUCACCUACCCAACUAUGCAGACUGCAGUUAUUGGACUCCAUUUCACACGUCGAAAUUUGUUAUUGGCCGUUGGAGCAUACAAUUCGUGA